AUGACGCGGGUCAUUGACGAGACCCGCGUCAGACCCAGCCUCCCGCAGCCCCUCCGGUCGGAUGCCUCUGGAAGCCGGCGCGUUACACCGGGCAGCGGCAAGAUGGCUCCAAGGAAGAACGCGUCUGAGGAUAUGGAGAAACUAAGAAGAGCGAUUGAAUUCCUAACCGAGGAGGUUUCCUCGGUCAAAACGCAGCAAAAAGGAAUUUUCAGCUUAGUGGAGGAGAUCAAGGCACUUCGUAUUCAAAAUGCAGAAAAGGACAAGAAAAUCGAGCGACUACAAAGUCGGGUUGCAGAGCUGGAGCAACACGCGAGAUUAAACGAGGAUUUUGGGAUGGAAGGAUAUGAGUUUGUGCAUCUGAAUCGAAACAAUAAGACUGGUGGAGGUGUGGGAUUUUUUGUGAAAAAUGAGUUGAAUGCUAAGAUUGUUGACAAAAUGACGGUAUGUGUGGAUGACUUACUGGAAUGCGUCACAAUUGAAAUUGGUUUAGAAAAAAUGAAGAAUGCUGUUAUCAGUUGUGUUUACAGAGCACCGGGAGGAAAUGUUGAAUUAUUUACUGAAUGGUUUGGGCACUUCUUUAAUAAGACACAGAUGCUUUUAUUCAUCUGUGGAGAUUUCAAUAUUAAUCUCAUGAAUACAGGACAUAGAAAGACGGAACAGUUUAUAAAUACAGUCUACAGCAUGGGUCUAUAUCCAACCAUUACCAGACCAACAAGAUUAACUUGUCACAGUGCCAAGUUGAUUGACAACAUAUUUACAAACUACAUGGAAAAUAGCAUAGAAAGUGGUAUAUUAAUUACAGACAUAUCUGACCAUUUACCAAUUUUUACAUUAUUUAAUUGCAAUUAUAGAAGAAAGAAGCUUGCAAUUAAUGGGUUUAGAUAUAAAAGAAUUAAAACAGAGGGAGCCAUGAUGGCUUUAAAACAGGAUUUAUUACAUCAAAACUGGGAGCUUGUGUACAUCGAAGAAAAUGUAAAUGCAGCCUAUGAGAAAUUUAUGGAUAUGUUUAAUAUGGCGUACAAUAAGCACUGCCCAGUAAAGAAAUUUAAAGAAAGCAUUAAACAGAUAAAUAGUCCAUGGGUGACAGAGGGGUUGAGGAGGGCGUGUAUGAAGAAGAACUCAUUGUAUAGACAUUUUCUUAAAAAAAGGACAGUGGAAGCAGAAGUAAAAUACAAGUGGUACAAAAAUAAAUUAACUAAUAUAUUGAGGUCUUGUAAGAGGGAAUACUACAAUAAAUUGCUGGAAGGAAAUAAAAAUAAUAUUAAAGGUAUAUGGACUAUCUUAAACAGCAUUGUGAGAAAGGAGUCAAAGGGAAUAAAAUUACCGGAAUAUUUUACUGAAAAGGACAAAAUUAUAAAGGAUAUGACUGACGUUGCAAAUGGUUUUAAUAGGUUCUUUGUCAAUGUUGGACCUGAGCUUGCGUCAAAAAUAUCAGAGACAAAUACAUCUGUCUGCGAAGACAUGGGGGAAAGGAACCCAUACACAAUGUUUCUGGGAAGCCGUACCCCUCCCCCAUUUCCGGUCCCCUCCCCCACUCCAGGAAGCCGUACCCCUCCCCCAUUUCCGGUCCCCUCCCCCACUCUAGGAAUUCGAAACUGA